GGUCGUGGUGCUUCAGCGACGGUAAAACUGAUGAGAAUUAUUAUAUACAAGUAGCGUUGAUGACGUCGAAUGAGUGGCACUUGACGUGUAUUUCUUUGACUGUACUGGUAUGCAGCCAUUUUCUCCACCUUACUGGGCUGUGAUAUUAGCUAGCUGUGCUGUCCUUCUGUACAUGAACCCAAUUCUGCUACGAAUUGCAGGAUUACGAGCGCUUUCCAUGGCAUCUGACGCAUACGUUUCAGGAUCGCUCUCCGCUGCCUAUGUUACCUGUCCCAAUGAAACUGUGGCGAAAGAUAUAGCACGGGGUCUAGUGGAGAAGAAACUUGCAGCCUGUGUAAAUCUCAUACCGCAGAUCACAUCCAUAUAUGAAUGGAAAGGGAAAAUUGAAGAGGACAAUGAGAUCUUACUG